UUCAGGUGGACACAGGUGUAGCUACAGUCACAUGAAUGGAGGUUCACAAACACGUGGUUAUACAAUAGUCAUUGACAAAAUGGCCACAAAUCAACCAGAAGACGAUUCUCCCAGGUUGUGUGGAUUUAUAUAAAGUCUUCUGGACACCAGUGACAUGUCUCUGCAGAUGAAUGUUGUCCAGCGUGGCCUGGUCUCAUCAGGCUGACAACGUACAGCCAUCACAGUGUGGAAUGUCCCAGGGGGCUAACGGGGCCAGGACGGACCAGGCCAGAGGGCUGCACCGCUCACCACCUCUGCACUGGAACAGCAGUGGUAUAGAGUCAGCUGCACUCUAUACAUCCAGAAGUUGGAAGCGGAAACAAGACUGAAGGAAAGAUGGCAGGGGAAAGACCAGGCUAGCUGGUUGAAGUCACAUCAGACACUCUCUGCUGGUGCCUGAGGGGGCUGCAAGAGCAACAUCAUGAACUGCCAUGCGGGGGCCUCUGGUGUGAAUGCCAAGAGCAGAGUUAGAAGUCAAGGACCUGAGGACGCCAGUGAAGAAAGAGAAACCUCGUGUUUAAGGACAGUGAGACCUUGUCUGAGGAGUGCAGAUCCAGCAGGAGAGGGGAGGUCGAGCGGUGCGGAGCAUCUGAUGAGACCUGCCCUGCCGGGGAGGAAAUCACACAAAAAGACCUGCAGAGAGGAUGGCAGAGGAAGGUGGAGAGAGGACAACCAAGAAACUGAGGAGGAGAGACGCAGUGUUGAACAUGUGGAAGGAAAGGACAGAGGAAAACAAAGGCAGAGGAAGACUGAAAGAACUGAGACACGUGGAGAUGGAGGGACAGGAAGCACUGGAGGUUCAUCCAGCUGUAAUUCUUUGGAAGCCAGAGAAGGAUCUAACAGCUUCCCAAGAGGAAACACAUAUCUCAGACCUCUCAGUAUAGCCUGCUCCCAGACCAUCCCCAUCAAUUUAAAUGCCCAAUCUCCUCGGCCCACAGCAAGAGGCGCGUCUUCUUCUCUCCCUCAGCCUCCCGAACCAUCCAGAACCACACCUCUGUCACCUCAGAGGCGACCUGCAGGAGCCUUGCACCGCCACCCGCUUAGUUCAUCCAGGGAGCCGGAUUCUUCCUGGGUGGAGGUCGGAACGGUGACAGCAACUGGGCAAUCGUCGCAAAGUCGUCAUAGCUCAGAGUUAGGAGAGGAGGAGGAGGGUGAAGAAGAAGAGGAGGAGGAGGAGGAGGAUGUGGAAGGUGGCGAUGAAGAAGGUAGCGGCGUGAUGGAUGUGAUGAGUCAGACCAUGACACUGACAGUGGUGCCGCCCUCUGUGCCGUUUGGAGAGAGGAGGAUGAUUAAAAGAGAGAAAAACCGGAUUAAGUGUCUGAGGAGGAGGCAAAGGAGGAGGGAGAGGUGGAGACAGAGUCAGCUGGAGAGCAGACAGAGUUCCACAGGAAACCCGUCCAGCAGCAGCAGCGAGGACGACGAGGAUGUGAGCGCUGGGGACAGAGAAGGUUAUAUCUGCGCUGUGUGUUUGGACGUGUACUUCAGCCCCUACAUGUGCACCCCCUGCAACCACGUCUUCUGUGAACCCUGUCUGAGGACGCUGGCUAAGAACAGUCCAACCAACACUCCCUGCCCCCUCUGCAGAACCGUCAUCACGCACGUCUUCUUCCAGAAGGAGCUGAACCAAACGGCCAGAACAUUCUUCCCAAAGGAAUACCUUUCCAGGAAACAAAAUUUUCAGAAAGCAAGUUGUGCCAAGUGGCCUUUACCGAGCUGCAGGAAACUGUUCCGCAUCUUCGGAGGUUUCCAGAGACAGCCCAGUCCCAACGCCAGACGCCAGUUCUCCCGUGGAGGAGGCUAUCGUCUGGAUGCUCUGGACUUUGAGGACGACUCUGGAGGCUGGCGCUUUGACAUGGACAUGGUCAUCAUCUACAUAUAUUCAGUCAACUGGGUCAUCGGCUUCUUCAUAUUCUGCUUCCUCUGCUACCUCUUCUUCCCGUCUUUUUGAGACUGGAAACAGUGACGGAGCAGAUCAGAAAGAGAGAGGCUAUAAUGAAGACUCUCAAGGACGAGGGUAAAGUAAGGUUAAAGGAUAUAUAUGCAGUAUGUGUAUAUGUACACUGUGCGUAGGUAUUGAUUUCAAGCAGGUGGGAUGGUGUGGUGGAGGGAAAACAACAGUGUACCAGCUUGUUGUCUCUCAUUAAUAAAUGAUUGAAAUGGGGAAGUGGUGUAGAGGCUGUUUGGAAUGUCCUCUGUUCUCUGUCUUCACAUGAUGCUCAUGUAAUGUGUGUUGCACAACAUGUCCGUCCCUGUAGACGAUGGAAGCAAGUUAAUAUCACAGUCUCUUAGUUGCAGUGUUUUACUUUACACUCAAAUGAAGCUUUUCUUAAUUAGCAGCGCGGCCAAAGGAACUGAACCG